GGGUGAUUCAUCUUCCGGAUUCAGAGUAUUCGUCUUGGACAAGUGGAAUUUUGAAAAAAAGGAGAGAGAUGGAGAAAGUGGUUGAUCUCUUCGGAGUCGGAGAAGCUAAUUCCCAGAAGCUACUCAAUGGAGGCAAAGAUCUCAGCGAGAUCCAACAGGGAUUGUUCAUAGGAUCAGUAGCUGAAGCGACUAACAAAGAUUUGCUCAAAAGCUCCAAUAUCACUCAUAUCUUGACCGUUGCUGUGGCCUUAGCUCCUCCUUAUCCUGAUGAUUUUGUUUAUAAAGUCAUCGAAGUUGUUGAUAGAGACGAGACCGAUUUGACAGUAUAUUUCGAUGAGUGUUUUAGCUUUAUCGACCAAGCUAUUCAAUCUGGUGGUGGUGUUUUGGUUCAUUGCUUCAUGGGAAUGUCUAGGAGUGUGACUAUAGUGGUGGCUUAUCUGAUGAAAAAGCAUGGAAUGGGAUUCUCUGAAGGUAUGGAACUUGUAAGGAGCCGACGACAUCAGGCAUAUCCUAAUCCCGGUUUCAUUUCACAGCUUCAGCAAUUUGAAAAAUCCUUACAAGUUUCAGCUGAUAAGAAGAUUCAAGAUAGUGUCAUGAUGAACUCUCAAGAAAUUCCGAACAAGUCCCAUGAGCCCCAUGAUGACCAAAAAACUUCUUGAUUUCGUGCUGUGAAGGAUUUUUUCUUGUGAACUAUUGAUGGUGAGCACUUUGCCAUGUCCAUUAGCCAAUUGAAAUAAAUGAAAACGCAGAGU